CUGAAGUGCAGUUGAGCUGUUGUGUGUUUGUCUCUGUAUUCAAUCAGUAAAAUGGCAGGAGCCAGAGUUUUUCAGGAUGAGUUCUUGUGUCCAGUGUGUCAGGAUCUCCUGAAGGAUCCAGUGACCAUCCAGUGUGGACACAGUUACUGUAAGAGCUGUAUUACAGGCUGCUGGGAUCAGGAGGAUCAGAUGAGAGUCUACAGCUGCCCUCAGUGCAAACAGACCUUCAGUCCAAGACCUGCUUUAGCUAGAAACACCAUGCUGGCUGAAGUGGUGGAGAAGCUGAAGAAGAGGAAACGUCCUGCUGACUGUGAUGCUGGAGCUGGAGAUGUGCAGUGUGACGUCUGUACUGGAAGAAAAUACAAAGCCAUCAAGUCCUGUCUGAUGUGCCUGAACUCUUACUGUCAGCAUCACCUUGAGGAACAUGAGAGUUGGUUUAAAGGAAAGAGACACAAAGUGACUGAAGCCACUGGACGACUGCAGGAGAUGAUCUGCCAGAAACAUGAGAAGAUCCUUGAGGUUUUCUGUCGCACUGAUCAGAAAUGUAUAUGUGUGCUGUGUACGAUGGAUGAACAUAAAAACCACGACACUGUAUCAGCUGCAGCACAGAGGACAGAGAAACAGAAGCAGCUGAAGGAGACGCAGAAGACGUUCCAGCAGAGAAUCCAGCAGAGAGAGAAAGAUCUUCAGCAGCUGAGAGAGGCUGUGGAGUCUCAGAAGCGCUCUGCACAGACAGCAGUGGAGGACAGUGAGAGGAUCUUUACUGAGCUCAUCCGCUCCAUUGAGAGACGCCGCUCUGAGCUGAUACAGCUGAUCAGAGAUCAGGAAAAGCAAGCAGUGAGUCGAGCUGAAGGACGACUGGAGCGACUGGAGCAGGAGAUCAAUGAUCUGAGGAGGAGAGACGCUGAGCUGGAGCAGCUUUCACACACACAGGAUCACAUCCAGUUCCUGCAGAGUUUCCAGUCUCUCUCAGCACCUCCUGAAUCUACAGACGUAAAUGAUGAUCCCUUCACUCCUCUUAUCUCUUUUGAUGGUCUGAGAGAAUCUGUCCAUCAGCUGAGAGACAAACUGGAGGAUUUCUGCAAAAAGGAGCUCAAGAAGAUCUCAGACAGAGUCACAGUCACCAACAGUGUUCCCAGGACCAGGAAGGACUUCCUACGAUAUUCCCAUCAGCUCACUCUGGAUCCAGACACAAUGAAUAAACAGCUGUCUGAGAGCAACAGAGUGAUUACUAACACUGGCAGAGAUCAGCUGUAUCCUGAUCAUCCAGACAGAUUUGAUUAUUGGCUUCAGGUGUUGUGUAGAGAGAGUGUGUGUGGACGCUGUUACUGGGAGCUGGAGUACAUUGGACGUGUGUUUAUAUCAGUGUCAUAUAAGAGCAUCAGCAGGAAAGGAAAAGGUAAUGAGUGUGGGUUUGGAUCUAAUGAUCAGUCCUGGAGUUUGAUCAGCUUUCCCUCUAGAUACUCAUUCAGACACAAUUACAUAGAGUAUCGUCUCCCUGUGAAGCCCAUCAGCAGUAGGAUAGGAGUGUAUGUGGAUCACAGUGCAGGAACUCUGUCCUUCUACAGCGUCUCUGACACAAUGAGCCUCAUCCACACAGUCCAGACCACAUUCACUCAGCCGCUCUAUGUUGGGUUUAAUGUUCUUAAUGUCAGAUCGUCAGUGAAACUGUGUUGAUGAAUCAGAAUAGACUGUAGAGAGAUUCUACCCAUAAUUCUGUGAGCUGCAUGAUAAAUCAGUAACAGUGAGAUGUUACAGAGCAGUCGCAUAGCUACGGGUGGGCUCAUCUGUGGCCCACCCAAUGAUAUGUUUGUAAUUUUCCAAAUGGAUGUAAUUUAUUAAACGAUACUAAUAAACGUCUUAUUUCACAGUAACUUUAUUUAUUAACAAUAUUAAACACUUGUUUUCAUGGUCAAUUACAGGUCGUCUCUUAUAGUUGUCCCUCUUCCUAUAGGUGCAUAUCAUCAUACGCUUGUCAAAAUGAUGAUUCGUCCAUUUCUGUUAGUCUCACCCACAAUGUUAUGUUUACAACAUAAGGAUAUAAUAGUAAAAUGCGCGCAUUUGUGAAGUAAAAUGUGAAAAUAGCCUAGUGAAGCAAACAUAAAUCAGAUCAAUUCUUUUAAAAAGUAAAAGUCUUAGAAACAUCAUAUUAGCAUAGGUACAGUGUUUGAUCCACUAAACAGAUGCGUCCUUUGUGGAAAGAAACACAUAAACAUUGUGCUAGAUCCUGGUCGCCACAAACUGCAUAAUUUGCAGCUGAGCACAUUUCUGUGAACUGACAGAGAUGUUUGAUUAUGAAAUAAUCAGCGAAGCCCCGUUGUUUCACACUGAGGUAAUACUUUUUAAUAAACUUCCUUUAGUUAAUGUUAGUUAAUGCAUUAACUAACAUUAGCAAUACAUUUGUUACCGUGUUAAUUCAUCUUUGUUAACCAGCUCACUCAGGCAAAUGUUAACAGAUACGACUUUUAAUAAUGUCCUAUUAGUACAUUUUAAAAUGAACAUUAGCAUAACAAAUUACGGUCACACUUUAUAUUAGGAGGCCUUAACUACUAUGUACUUACAUCAAAAAAUAAGUACAACAUAAGGACAGGUUUGGUGGUAUGGGUAGGUUUAAGGGUGGGUUUAGGUGUAAGGGAUGGGUCAACAGUGUAAUUAUAAAUUUAAUUACAGAAAUUAAUUACAGAUGUAAUUACAUAUAGGUAUUUUUAAAAAUAUAAGUACAAUGUAAAAACAUGUAUGUACACAAUAAGUGCAUUGUAUCAAAUUAUUAAUUUAAAUGUAAGUACAUAGUAGUUAAGGCCACCUAAUAUAAAGUGGGACCCAAAUUACUAAUGUUAAUGCAUGCUUUAGAAGUACUGUGUAAUGAACCUUGGUGCUGUAUUUUUUGUUGGCAAUUUGACAUGCAGUUUUCAUACGCUACACACCUGGCCCACCCAGUUUUAUGUAGGCCCACCCACUUAAACAUUUCUGGCUACGCUAGUGUUACAGAGUCUCAAGUCAAGUCAAGUCAAGUUGAGCUUUAUUGUCAUUCCGCUACAUGCGGGGGCAUACAGUGGAACGAAAUGUCGUGCCUCACAGGACCUCGGUGCUACAUAAAUACAGGCAUACAACAAUGGAGUAAGACAAUAUAAACCUAUACACAACUAUCCUACUGAUAGAUUUUGACUAUAAAUAUACUAUCUAUAAAAAGUACCUAUACAAACUAAAAAUACAAACUAUACAAACUAUACAAAUGCUUCAGAUAAAUACUGUACAUGUGCAAGGAGAAACAUUGAGUUCAAGCAGCUGGCUGGGGAACAGUGCAGGAGGAUUUGUAGUGCAUGAGCAUGUAAACAUACAUAUAUUACGGAGUUCUUUUGUGGGAUUUGUGUACACACAGCAGUGUGUGUGAAAAGUGACUAGUGCGCAUA